CUUCACAUUCGCAGUGCUCCGGUCUGUUGUACGUGGUUUUCCCUCGCAAAUUAUUUCUUGUCCCGGUUCGACCCAGUUCCGUUCGGUUUCACAAAUUUUGGUAAGAUUAGAGCUAGAAUAGAGUGAUUUGCCUCCAAUUAGUGUUGAAAAUAUUCCCAUUCAGUGCUGAUUUCUGGGAAAAUUAACCGAUUGCCGGUUUUCGACAGACGUUGAAUGAGAGCCCCCUGGACGCCAUUUUGAAAGUUCGAUUCAUUGUCUUCGCCGUGUCGUAGUGAAAUCAUCGUUUUAUUAUUCGAUUGACUAUCACGGAUCUCACCAAAGUUGAAAGGAGGUCAUUUUUGGCGGUAAAUUAAAAAGUGAUUAACGGAGACGUUGCGAGUGCGAAUUUUCGGGGUCAGUAUGCAAAGUAAUUAAACGGGAAAAGAUAUUGAUCAAAGUGUGUGACCAUUAUGUAAAAUCCAGUGCAAACGGAAAAGAACAAGGAACUUGUACAAUCCAGACGAGAAAGGCACUCACCAUCAUGCACACCAGCGGAAGCACGUGAGUGGGACAAAACCAUUGGGUCGAGUGUUUUGAAUUUUUCCACGGGUGAGAGGCCGCAUACCAUCGAGGCGUCGACCGGUUUUGUAGUGUUGGUAGGGUGUAUGUCCUCUGUGCAGCCAGGAUCGGUUGCUGCUGGGGGAGGUUGAACUGGUUUUUCGCCGCGAAGUUUAGUUGAGUACGAGAGUGGAACGUCGUAUGUAGUGUGUGAAGCGCGCGCGAGAGUUUCCGGAGUGUGUCCCUGCUGCUUGUUUUGAGAUUCUGCAGUAAAGUGCCCGUCUUGUUUUGGAACCCCUCUGCAAAGGAAGGAUAUUGGGCACUUGGAUUGUGUUAUCAACGUCUCGAAACGGAUAAUCAAUUACCCGGGAAACAGCGAUUGAACGAUUGUGUUUUGGAGUGAGUGAUUCCAGAUCGAAGAAUAUUCCUGUGUUUUUUUGUUACGAAUCUCUUCCGCAUCCUCUCCGUGUAAACCUCCAUCAAGUAGGCCGUGUGUAGUAACUAGGCAACUGCAGUUCUUGUUCUUCCUGCUACUUUCCGGGAAACGUGAUUCGUUUUUUACUCACCCUCGUAUACAACGGGUGAUAGUAAAAAGCAGAAAGAGAAGAUCACUGAAAGGAAUACAAAAUAAUUUUGUUGCGUGUUGCGAAACUAAUGAGCGAAAAGGAGACGAAACCUCAGAUUAAUUUACUGGCGGAAACAUAAGAAGCAUUCUCACUAGAAAACAAAAAUCCCUUUUUUUUAAUUUCUUAAAACGUGAACGAUCUGUUUAGAUCUGGUGUGCUGAGAAAAUGUUCGAAUUUGAGGAAAUGAGCAAUGGAUUCCAUGACGUGUUACUCAACAAAUAUAAUGUAUGUAUCGCAUCGUAAGGCGUCAUAUGACCAGUUAUUGCAUUUGUAGCGGAAUACGGUACAUGAGCUUAGCGGGCAUUUCCAUAGAUGACCAAAUCAAUUGAUCUGACAUCCCACCGAAAGUUUGCGUCGUAACUUCUGUAUUUGUACGUCAUUUUCUGACACCACACCCAUCAUGGACCUGUACGUGUCGGACUCGAUGCAGGACAUGCUGGACAUCGACAUCAAAUCAGAGGUGGCCACCGUCGUCGGCGGUGUGAACGAGUUCAGUUCCCUCAUGAACUUCGACCUGCCCUCGCUGGAGCUGGAUUCCAAUUCGAAUGAUGCGGCUAGUGGAUGGGGCGCUGGUGCCCCCACCAAGUGGCCCUCGAGUGAUAUCUACGCCGAUGUGGGAGCCUGCGUGAACCCCAACUCCGUGAUGCCGGUGAUAACAUCCGUCCAGACGUCGCUGCUGAAAAGUCCCAAGCAGAACGUGAACCUCAACGCCACGGUCAGUGCGCUGAACGAUCCGACGUUACCUAGUCCUAAAGAACGAAAGAGUCACCUCACCUUCUCGCCCAACACCAUCAAGGUCCCUAUGGUGGUCCAACAGGAGGUGAAAAAAUCCGCCAUCGUUACUGGGUUGACCCAGCUUCAGCGAAUAAACGGUAUCGAUCAGGUCAGAAAAGAUCUUUCGAGUCAGAUGCUGAAGGAUGAAGGUAACAAGAUCAUCAUUCGGAAUCAUCCACCACCAAAUGGCGCAUCGAGUCCAGGUUCCGGUUUAGGUAUGGGAUUGGGCAAGGGGAAUACCAUCAAGCUAGCAGCAGGAAUUGGAGGGCUAACUUUUGCCAAUGGUGUACAAUUUAAAAAUCUCAAAAAUGUCCAGAAAAUCACUGCGCUAAAUGGAACCAACGGUUUAAAUGGACUGAAACGCGCGUCCAGCCCUGCGCGCCAUCUCAGCGCAACCACUACUAUCCAACAAGGCCAGACUCAAAUCAUUAAUAUUAACGGGACUACCACGAAAACCUUCAACCGGAAUUUCAUACCUCAAAAUGGAGGUAAACCAACAAACAUGAUGCAGAUGACGAAUGGUACUACUAACACCGUAACAACCGUUACGCAAAAGACGAAAAACUCUAAACAUCAGGGAGACAGUGGCUUCCCCAAGCCGGCUUAUUCGUACUCGUGUCUGAUAGCGAUGGCACUGAAAAAUUCGUAUACCGGAUCCUUACCGGUGUCAGAGAUCUAUAGCUUUAUGUGCGAACACUUCCCCUACUUCAAGACGGCUCCGAACGGUUGGAAGAAUUCCGUUCGGCACAAUCUGUCGCUGAACAAGUGCUUCGAAAAGAUCGAAAAACCAGUAACGAACGGUGGCCAACGGAAGGGUUGCCUAUGGGCGAUGAACCCGGCCAAGAUAACCAAAAUGGACGAGGAGGUGCAAAAGUGGUCCCGCAAGGAUCCGAUGGCUAUACGGAGGGCGAUGGUGCAUCCGGAGCAUCUGCCGAUGUUAGAACGGGGCGAGAUGAAACAUGGACCGACCGGCGAAAGCGACGAGGGCGAGAAUGACGACGCCGACACGGAGGACCAUUCGGACAUCGAGGCGGUGGACGGGGAGGAGGACGACGUGGACGCCGAGGAGGAGAUUGAGAUCGAACAGGAGGGGGACAGUUUUCUGAUUAAUACACCGGAAUCGAUGGAGGAUCCCGAGGGAGACGAUGUGGAUGUGGACUUUGAUAUGGAGGUUCCGGAAUUCUACGACGACAUCAACGUGGACUCCAAGGAGAGCUUCACGCUAGAAUUCGUCCAAAAAGACCUGCUCUCGUUAGAAGACGAAGAUGAGUCUGUUUACAUCUCUCCUCAAUCGAGCGGCACACACCUCCAGCAGCAACAGCAGCAAGUAACGCAACAACCUCAGCAGCAGCUUACGUUCCAGCAGUUACAGCCAAUGGCGAAGCGGGCGAGGCUUGACGUAAAUUACUCCAUCACCCCCACUACGACGAACGUCGGUGUCGUGAACGGCCUCAGUACCUCGUCAACAGCUGUGACGGCUUCGAACACGAUCGUAAGCGGAACCACCACCGUCAACCAAAUCCAGCUGGCCAACGGGCAGCAAUUCCAGUUUACCAGCAACGCGCCCAGCACCGUCCAUCAGCAGUUCCAGCAGAUACACCAGCAGCAACAGCAUCACAACCGGAGAAAAACUCCACUGGUCACCCGAAUAGCUUAAUGCCCUCGUGCGCGUCUGGAGAGUCUUUCGGACUUUCCAACACAUAGCAAUAAGCAAAGCAAACGCAAUGGUUCUAUUUUUGAAUGUGUUAACAUGUAAACCAAACUUCCUGCCCCCAUCUAGGUUUUGCGUGUCCCCCGUUGGUGAUAAAACUUUAACUUAACAACAAUUUUGAUUAAGAUUUAAUUUAGAGCAUUUAUUUUCGAUCGAAACUAGUGUUUCAUUAUUUGCACAGUAAAGAACAAAAUAGCCCGAACAAA